AUAAAUAAAAUUAAAGAAGGGAGUGAAAACUUAAAAGUUAAGUGGGAAAAAAAAGGAAGAGCUGGUUGAGACUUGAAGAUGCUGAACACAUCAAAGCAGAAGUUAAUUUCAUCAAUGACCCAAAAUUCUUGAUGCAAAAUCUUUUAGCUUCCUCUUCCUACUUCAAUGGCUUCAUUUUCUCUCUUCUUCCUUUUUACACUUCUUCUACUACCACCGUAUUCUCUUUGCCAACUUCAAGAAUUUGUGAGCAUUGACUGUGGUGGAACAAGCUACUACAAUGAUUCAACAACAGGGUUGCCAUGGAUUCCGGAUUCUGAGAUCAUGAAACAUGGCAAAGCUGUGGAAGUUCAAAACCCAAAUGGUGGCAGCAAUAUGAUUCCUCUUCAGUACAAGACAAGGAGGGACUUUCCAAUAGACAGCAGAAAGUACUGUUACACACUGAAAACUGAGGAGAGGAGAAGGUACCUUGUCAGAGCAAGUUUUCAGUAUGGGAACUUGGGAGAUGGAGACACAUACCCUCAAUUUCUGCUCUUCUUGGAUGCAACAAAAUGGGCCACUGUGUCAGUCUAUGAUGCAUCAAGGGUCUAUGUGAAGGAGAUGAUUUUCAGAGCACCCUCGGACUCUGUUGAUGUUUGCAUGUGUUGUGCCACCACUGGCUCUCCAUUCAUAUCCACACUGGAGCUUAGGCCCUUGAAUGUGUCAAUGUAUGCCACGGACUUCGAGGAUGAUUUCUUCUUGAAAGUGGCUGCAAGGAUUAACUUUGGUGCUACUAGUGAGCAUGCUGUCAGGUAUCCAGAUGAUCCAUAUGAUAGAAUCUGGGAUUCGGAUCUCAUUAAAAGACAAAAUUUUCUUGUUGGGGUGGCCCCAGGCACAAUUAGAAUUAACACAACAAAGAACAUAAAUAUACAGACAAGGGAAUACCCUCCUGUUAAAGUGAUGCAAACCGCGGUUGUAGGCACAAAACGGGUACUCAGCUACAGAUUGAACCUUGAAGACUUCCCUGCCAACGCUAGAGCUUACGCAUAUUUUGCGGAGAUCCAAGAUCUCGGUAAGAACGAGACCCGAAAAUUCAAAUUGGAGCAACCUUAUAUACCUGACUAUAGCAAUGCAGUGGUUAACAUAGCUGAGAAUGCAAAUGGUAGCUACACUCUAUAUGAACCAAGUUAUAUGAAUGUGAGUCUGGAUUUUGUUCUUUCCUUCUCCUUUGCUAAGACCAGGGAUUCUACUCAAGGACCUCUUCUAAAUGCAAUGGAAAUAAGCAAAUAUGUUGAAAUCGCUUCCAAAACUGACAAAGAAGAUGUAAAUGUAAUAAAUGUGUUUCGCUACUUGUCUUCCGAUACUGACCCAAAUAAUGGGGAUCCCUGUGUUCCAACACCCUGGGAGUCGGUUAAUUGUAGUGCAACUACCCCUCCAAGAAUCACAAAGAUGUGGUUAGAUGGUAACUUGCUUACAGGAACACUACCUGACAUGAGCAAUCUUAUCAAUCUAAACAUUGUGCAUUUAGAGAACAACAAAUUGACUGGUCCAUUACCGUCUUACUUGGGUAGUUUGCCAAAUUUGCAAGCACUGUUUAUACAGAAUAACUCAUUUAGCGGAGAAAUACCAACAGGACUAUUAUCUGGAAAAAUCAUUUUCAACUAUGAUAAUAAUCCUGAACUACAUAGAGGGAACAAGAAGCAUUUUCAGUUGAUACUAGGAGCUUCAAUUGGAAUACUAGUAAUAUUAUUACUAUUAUUCUUAACAAGUCUUCUGCUAAUGCAUAAUGCACGGAGAAAGGCGUCUAAACAGAAAUGUGAUGAAAAAGGGAUUUCCAGAGGUAGUACAAAGCCAUUGACCGGAUACUCAUUCGGUAAGGGUGGGACUUUAAUGGAUGAGGGUACUGCUUACUAUAUUUCACUUUCGGAGUUGAAAGAAGCUACUAAUAACUUUUCGAGGAAAAUCGGGAAAGGAAGCUUUGGAUCUGUCUACUAUGGGAGAAUGAAAGAUGGAAAGGAGAUUGCGGUUAAGACUAUGACUGAUCCAUCCAGCCAUGGGAACCAACAAUUUGUGACUGAGGUAGCUCUCCUCUCAAGAAUUCAUCACAGAAACUUGGUUCCUUUGAUUGGAUAUUGUGAAGAAGAAUAUCAGAAUAUUCUUGUUUACGAGUACAUGCACAAUGGCACAUUAAGGGAUCACCUUCAUGGUUCGAGUCAGAAACAAUUAGACUGGUUAGCACGGCUUCGGAUUGCAGAAGAUGCAGCGAAAGGCCUUGAAUACUUGCACACAGGAUGCAAUCCUAGUAUUAUUCACCGAGAUGUAAAGACGAGCAAUAUUCUCCUCGACAUCAAUAUGAGAGCGAAAGUGUCAGAUUUUGGACUAUCAAGGUUAGCUGAAGAAGAUUUGACUCAUAUAUCAAGUGUUGCAAGAGGAACUGUAGGCUACCUGGAUCCUGAGUACUAUGCAAGUCAACAAUUAACCGAAAAGAGUGACGUAUAUAGUUUUGGAGUUGUUAUGCUGGAAUUGAUAUCUGGAAGAAAGCCGGUAUCACCAGAAGAUUAUGGUCCUGAAAUGAAUAUAGUUCAUUGGGCAAGAUCCUUAAUCCAAAAAGGCGACGUGGUAAGCAUCAUGGAUCCAUCCCUGGUUGGGAAUGUCAAGACCGAGUCGGUUUGGAGGGUUGCUGAAAUUGCCAUGCAAUGUGUGGAGCAACAUGGUUUCUCCAGACCAAGAAUGCAAGAAGUGAUUUUAGCCAUACAAGAUGCCUCCAGGAUUGAGAAAGGUUCAUCAGAAAAUCACCUAAAAUUAUCAUCUUUAUCUUCAGGUAGCUCAAAACCACAAUCUUCAAGGAAAACAUUACUUACAAGUUUUCUUGAAAUUGAAACCCCUGACUUGUCACAAGGUUGUCUCCCAUCAGCAAGAUAAACAUCUUUUCUAAGGAGAAAGUUUAUACUAUGACCUUAACCAGAAAUCUUGGACUAUGCAAAAACUCAAAAGGAGAAAGUUUUGCACCCCAAGUAAUCUUACCCAACUUGAUUGGAGGAUAAUUUGGUUUUGACCAAAAAAGAUGAUGUUAAGGUAUAAUUUAGUCAAGUGUUGUAUUGCACUGCUUACUAUGUCUAUAUCAUAGUGAAACUCACUGGCUAGUGGCUAGUGAUAUAUGAUGAUACCUUUAAAUCUUAUAACCAAUGAAAUUGUAAUAUUCUACCUUCUUUAUCUGUAUUUGGCAAUUUUUCAUGUAUUAAAUGGGUUAUUCUGAUUUAAUUAGCCUACUUGUAAACUGGAAAAUGAAUAAGGGUAUAUUUUUCGGUAUAAUAUUAUUUUUCUCAAA